AUGGCCAAAAGUUUUAACGCAUUGGUUGUCGAGGUUGGUGGCUUUGAGAAACUUCCAUUUAUUGAAAAAGAUGCAAGGAAUUAUAUUGAUAAGGCUCAACACCUUAGACUUGGCAAAGGAGGUGCUGAUGCACUUCGUGGUUAUUUUGAGAGGAUGCAGUAUAAGAAUGAUGGGUUUUACUCAUCGAUGGAUUUGGAUGAUGAUGCAUACCUAAUAAAUAGAUAUGGCAUACCAUUUGUCUCGUUUGUUGGUGUAAACCACCAUGGACAGUCAAUACUUUUGGGAGCAGGCUUGAUAUCAAGUGAAAAUACUGAAACAUUUGUUUGGUUAUUUGACACUUGGUUGAAGUGUAUGGAUGGGAAAGCGCCAAAAGCUAUCAUCAUUGAUCAAGACAGGGUCAUGAAAAAUCCUAUUGCAAUAGUGCUACCAAAUAUCCGGCAUAGAUACUGUUUAUGGCACAUACUAAGAAAAAUGUCCGAGAAGUUGGGCUCACAUGCUGAAUUUAAGUGUGGUUUGAAAAGUGCAUUGCAGCGAUGUGUGUAUGAUUCUCAGACUUCUGACGAGUUUGAGAAGUCUUGGGAGAGUCUCUAUAGUGGGCACACGUAUUGGGUUCCGAUAUACCUGAAAAAUAUAUUUUGGGUUGGGAUGAACACAACUCAGAGGAAUGAGAGCAUGAAUGCCUUUUUUGAUGGAUAUGUACAUUUAGAGACUACAUUGAAAGAAUUCGUAGAUCAAUUCGACAAUGCACUGAGGAAGAAUGUAGGGAAUGAGAUAGUAGCGGAUUUCCACUUAUUUAAUUGUACAAUCCCUUGUAUAUCUCAUUUACCCUUGGAGAAAAAAUUUCAAGCAAUGUACACAAAUUCCAAAUUUAAGGAAGUGCAGUCAGAAGUAAUGAGGAUUAUCUACUCUCACUGUGUUAUCAUAAAAAUAGAAGGGGCAAUUACUACGUAUCAAGUUAAUGACCAAAGAGAAGUUGAAGAUGACAUCAAGAAGUUAACUUUGCAAGCGUACUUCAAUGAAGAUGAGUGUGAGGCAAAGUGCAUGUGUGGACUAUUUGAGAUGAGAGGAAUUAUAUGUAAGUACAUUCUUUCAAUUUUUGCCGCAAGAGAUGUUCAAGAGUUGCCAGAAAAGUACAUUAUGGAGAGGUGGAGAAAUGACAUUAAACGUAGAUAUGCUCUUAUUCGCAGCAGUGACGAUGACUUGAGUGGUAAACCAGCUGCUAGUCGGUACUCUGGUUUGAUAAAAUUAUGUUACAAAAUAGCUACAAAUGCAUGUGAAAGCGAAGAUAAUUCCCUGGACAUAACACAGAAGCUAAAGACAAUGAAUUCAAUUUACACCAAGUCAAAGCCUCAGGCCACAGUUGCAAGCACUCAUACUUCCAUUUAUGCGAAACUAGAAAUUCGAAAAAAGUUUUGA